AUGGAACAGCUGGGACUUAACACUACUGUGGGACAUAGAGUCAUUCCUGCUGUAUUUGAUAAUCUCAAAUUGCUGUGGAAAAUAGUAACGGAAAUACAGAAGCCAAAUACCACAAGACAAUCUCUCUUUUGCAAUUUUUCAGGAUCAGACACACCUGUAUUGAUUCUUUCAAAGGUUAAUAGAUUGGAAUUUCAUGACAUAGAUCUUGUUGGAUCACUGGUAAAACAGCUUGUUAGUUUUCCAUUAGAAAACCCAAUAAUUGCCAUCAAUAAAAUCCACUUAAAAGGUUUGAGUAAUGUUUUACUUGCGUUGGACAACUCAUGGAAUCUUUCUAUUAUAUAUAAGCAAAAAGAUAAUAUAUGCACUCGUGUGGUUAGUCAACUUAGUUCAGAAGGACAACAGUUUUCGAUAGAUUCAAAUCCAAUAAUAGUGACUGACAAAUCAUCUGAAACGAGAUAUUUUGUGUUGCAUAACUUUCAAGGUGUGCUACUGUUAUUCAUUAUAAACGAAGACUAUGAUAUUUCCCCUCCAAAAAAGAAGAGAAGUAGAUCUGCAGAUGUUAAAUUAGCUUCAGUCUAUUCAAUAUCGAUAGGCGCAAUAGUUGUACUAAAGAUGGAGAUGUUAGAAAAUGAUAUUUUAGCAGUUUUAUAUCGAGACUUCAAUUUUACAUAUUCUUUAAGAUAUUAUCAGAUUGACAUCGUAAAGGAGACUAUUACAUUGAUUAAAAAUCUUGAUGCCUUCCAAGUUCCUCCAAGUUAUAUCAUACCAACUACACACGGUGGUGUGCUAGUUCUAAGUAGUGUUCUGUUGUUCUACUUUCCAGGGCCCAACAGUCGUUAUUUGACAUUGGCAGAAACCGCAGAUGCCAGUGUAACUGUUUCGGCGAACGUUGUUACUAAAGAUUUAUUAACGGAUAGACCUGGUGAGGAUAUGAUAGGUCUAUUCGUUGCAUUCGAUGCUAUCGACGAUAAUCGAUUUCUACUUACUACAAAUGAAGGUAUGACAUAUUUGCUAUAUUUUGAUGCUACCACAAAGAAUGAUACCACGUAUACAGUCAUCAACCAUUUUCAAUUGAUCACAUUAGGUAGAACAUCCUCACCUAACACUAAUGGUCUUCAUCACUUAACAGAUUCGUACUUUUUCCAGACAUCACUGUCACCUUCAGACAUUUUGUUUCAAGUCAAUCUUGAAAGACCUUUUAUAAGUAUUUUAUACUCUUCUGAACCCAGAGGACCCAUAAUCGAUAUGAAAUAUAUAUCUUCUGAUUCCAGAGAAGAUAGAAUAAGUAAGCUAUUGACUUUGAGAGGAAACAGAAAUCAUUCGACAAUAACGGAUUCCCUACAGAUUCCAGAAAUUAAACUUGAGGUGGUAUCAAAGACUCUCUGGGAAGAAGGAGGUAUCUUUAAAAUUACCCCAAUAUUGGGUACAAAUGAAUUUAUUUGUAAGAGCUUAGAUGGGAAAAAUGGUGUUUUCAGAUACCAAAAUCAAAUAAAGAAAGUAAAGACGAAAAUAGCUUUCGAGGGUUUAGUACUCCAAGCUAGAAAAUUUAUUGACAUUACAUACGUAGUAACUUCCAACGGAAUAUAUUUAGAGAAUGGAAGAGUUUUAGAAGCUCAUAUACUAUUUGCCCAAAUUCUAGAAAAUAAAAACAUUAUUUAUGUUACUGUUGAUAACGAAGUUGUUUUAUAUAAUGAUUCGGAAAUUGUUUCCACGCAAAAGUUUGGAACCGAAAUCACUAGGUUUUAUGCAUUGAAAGGCAUCGAAUUUGAAAUAAUCUAUGCAAUAGCUAAGUUAGGUAAUAAACUUGAGUUAUGGUCAGUUUCGGGACAGCACCAUAGUGAAUUAAAUGAGACGACUUCAAAUGAGUUCGUAACAUCUAUUGUGCUCGAUAAACAAAAUAAUUCCGUGAAAGUACUUUACACAACGACUGAUUCCUUAGUUCAAUAUUCAGUGGAUAUCAAGAACCACACGUUAGUUGGAGGAAUGAAGGCUAUAUGUCACAAUUUUCAUAAUUCUAAAUUGGAAAAGAGUAUUCUGAAUGAUAUGUUUAUUAUACUGCAAGACAUGAUUUACAGAUUAGUUCUAGAUGCUACAUUGAAUCAUUAUGUGCCUUCUCGGCUAGGGAAAACGCUAAAAUCACUGGGUAUUAUCCUGUUGGGCAAUGAAAACUUUAUUCUGUUAACUACUUCGGGAGAUAUAUUGACUCUAUAUAAAGUUCGAGUUAAUUCUGAAACUCAAAGAAAAGACCGUAUCGAUGCUAAGAAACGGAAGAUUUUUACAAAGAUGCUGUUAUUUUCAAAACAUUAUAUCGUUGUAUUGGUGAAGCACGAGUCAUUUGAUGAUUCUCCCAUUAAGACUUCUAUUGAGUUGUACGAUUUAAAGCAUUACAACAAACUUGAUUCUUUUGUCUUCGAUGAACAAGUAGUUGACAUGACUGUGGAGGACGAGUAUACCCAUGAAGAUCCAAUGGAUAUAAAGGAAAGUGAGAGAGGGGGGUAA